AUGACUUACGAGGACAAGGAUGGAGCUAUUAGGUUGCUACCUGGGUAUAGAUUUGAUCCCAUUGAUGAAGUUCUUGUGGAUUUCUACCUGAAGAGGAGGGUCUUUUCUCAACCUCUUCCUGUUGAAAUCAUUCCAAAUUUUGAUGUGUUUCAGACUGAGCCAUGGGGUCUGCCAGGAGGAGAUGGAAAGAUUUUUAAUGGGCGUAAGUGCUUCUUCCAUAACACCAUGGGUCGUGACCUUCAAAACCUUGAUAUGAGAGUUGUUGGGAAUGGCCAGUGGAGAGUUAUAGAAAAAGGGAAAGAUGUUUCUAUCCCUACAAACAAUGAGGUGAUUGGGAAGAGAAACACCCUUAAUUUUUGGGAAGUGCAAGGAGAUUAUGCUAGGAAGACCAAAUGGGUGAUGCAUGAGUUUCGUCUUGCGUUAAUAACUAACCCAUCUAAGAUGGCAAACUGGGCUGUGUACCGCAUCUUUCAGAUUAAGGAUGCAAAGAAUGUGAAGAAUGAAAAAAUGGGAUAUAAUGGGAAAAACACCAGUGAUGGGAGUGUUGAAGUCUCUAAUUUUAGUGCUGAGAGUGGAAGUUUUUCAAGCCCUCACCAAUGA